CAUGUGUCGCCAGCCUUGCCGGGUACUAGUAUCCUGGUCCUUUACCAGGUAGGCAGCUAACCUCGGCAGUACUCCGUGGCCUACCUACAAAUAAGCCGGUAACGGAGUGGUGGUUUAGCCUGCUGCGUGGGCAACGUGCCUUGACGUGAUUUGAGCAAUAAAAGUGAAUUGAAACGUUGUCGGUAGGCGCAACACGCUCUCUCUUUUCUCUCCUUGCCGUUGGGGACACUUUACAUACUCUUAUUGAUCCUGUGGGAAUAUCUUCUAUUCCGUACCAGUGUUCGUGCAAACAGUCUUGUCAACACCAAAGGAAGAAAAAAUCGGCGCUUGUCCUUCCUGAUUUCUGGCCUAUUGAGUCAAGAGGUCGACAGGCUAAAAGGUGUUGAUAUCACGAUAAUCAAAAAGAACAGACACGAGGAAAAAGUCGUCGGUACAAUUACGAAAGUACCACUUUCAGCAUUACCUACCUAGGUUGUCCAAACCAAAUUCAAAUGGCAAACCCUCCUUCUUCAUCAGGCUCCCCUCAACUCGGCACCAACAACGAAGUUCCCAACCCGGACCAACCUUAUCAACCAUUCAUGGACGUCCGACCGCCCACGACCGCGGGCCUGUCUGACGCCAACGGGUCCCCCUUGACGGAAAGGGAGAUCGAAGAGGUCGAGAAACGUGAACGUGAAGAUCGUCAGGCGACGCCCGAACCCGAGGAUUUCAACAUAUCGUUCCCUCAAGACCUACCCACGCCACCUUUUCUGCACGUCCAGGGUGUCCCCAACUUUCGAGAUCUGGGAGGGUACGAAUGUAAACCACCAUCGUCUGGGGCGGCGGCGGCGGCGAGAUCGUCGUCCGGUUCUGGUGGUGACGGCGACGGCGUUUACGUUUUACGCAAAGGUCUAUUGUUUCGAUGCGCCCACCCUACCCACCUCACUCAAUCCGGGGCCGAUUACCUCGUCAACACGCUGGGAGUCAAAGACAUGUACGAUCUCCGCAGUCAACCCGAGAUCAACAGGUUGGCCGCCACGGUGGCGGAGUCUGGAAAGGCCGUCUACCCUCUGGCCGACCCACGAACCGGUUGUCUUGAUUCCGUGCCCGGCCUCACCCGGCACUUUACGCCGGUUUACCAGAGCGAGGAUUACGGUCCGGUGGCCCUGGCGACGAAACUGGCUUGGUACACUGCCGAACACGCCCACGACGAGGACGCCGGGUUCGCCUACAGUGAAGGUUUCGUCAAGGCCUACCGUGACAUCGCCGUCCACGGGGCUUCGGCGUACGGGGAGAUGUUCAGACACUUGUUGGAAAAACCGACCACCCCUCUGGUCUUCCACUGCACGGCCGGUAAAGACCGGACCGGAGUGUUUGGUGCCAUGAUAGGGAGGUUGGUGGGGGUUCCGGACGAGGUGAUUUGUUGGGAAUACGCCUUGACCGAACCCGGGUUGGGUCAUUGGAGGAAAGAGUUCAUCGAUCGUAUCUGUUCCCAAGGGAUGGGAAGUGGUGGUGGUCGAGGAGGAGGAGGGGGAGGAGGAGGUAAACAACACAACCCACCCCGAAUCUGGCCCGGAGACAAACCACAAAUCACGAGGGAGGCGGCCGCCAGGAUCUGUGGCAGUCGAGCCGGGAACAUGCGUGCCUUUCUCAGACUCGUCCUCGACCGGGAAUUGGGUAGCGUGGAGCAGUACCUCAGCGAGAGGUGCGGUUUCAGUGAGAUCGAAAUCGUCAAGUUGAGGGAUUCUCUGAUCGCCAAAGUUUCCCCUACCGAUGUUGUCAAACAGUGUGAGAUCAAAGGCUGGACCGCCGAUGGUGGCGUCGAGGACUGAAGAAAUCACUACACUUUCGACAAGAGAGCUCAUCGGAUGUGGGCACGAACAACACCGAGAAUGGCAUGGGUAUGAAUACCUCCCGCGGACCUCCUACUUCCUUCUGACGGGGAAAAUGAUGGGGGUUGUGCAAAGAGGAAAACGAAAAACAAGAAGAAGAAAAAAAUGAAAACGGUCCUACAGCUUGUGACAGGUUUCGUUGCGUUUUACAUAAAACUAGAAUAGAACGAGAGAACGUUUUGUUGA